AUGUGGUUGCUUUCUCGUCAAGUGCAAAGAGUUGCUUUGUUGAAAAACUGGAUCGAUGCUCUUGGAUCCGGACUAGAUGCAGCAAAGGAUCUCAAAGAAAUCGAAUCGUAUUUGAGCAGUGUUACGAUUCAGGCUUCGGAGGAUCUCAAAAAAAAUGCUCUUAAGGUUUUAGUUACAUUGGCUAAUGAUUAUUUGGAAUCUGGUUUCUUCGUUGAUGACUUGAUGGUUGGAAAAACAAAGAACAAGGAGAGAUUCCUGAGAGGUCGUUAUAUCCGCAAAAUGAUUGAACUGAACAACAAAGAAAGGGAGUUCGAGGAAACAUUUGGUCUCAGUUUGGUCACUGAUGGUGGUAUUGGUGAAACUGCAACAUUUGUCAAACUUUCUGAGGAUCAAAGAACUACUAUGGAGAUCGUAUGUGACAUCAAAACUCUAAUGCACGAAGAGCAACAGCUGACCAAGAAGUUUCUGGACUACCAACAGAAGACAAAGAAUCUCGAGGAGAACCUUAAGGAGAAUCACGACGUAUUGGUGGAUGAGAUUUUCAAUCUCCAAACAGAGCUUGGUGACGAAAAGAGGCUCCAUGCAAAUCUCCAAAAGAUGCUUGUUGACGAAAAGAGGCUCAAUUGA